CCUGCGCGGCGGCGCUGCGGGGCCAGUCGGGACGGAGACAAGAUGGCGGUGCGAGCGAUGCGAGGGAUCGUGAACGGGGCCGCGCCCGAGCUGCCGGUGCCCACCGGCGGGCCGGCCGUGGGCGCUCGGGAGCAGGCGCUGGCCGUGAGCCGCAACUACCUCUCCCAGCCUCGUCUCACGUACAAGACAGUUUCUGGAGUCAAUGGUCCGCUAGUGAUCUUAGAUCAUGUUAAGUUUCCCAGGUAUGCUGAGAUUGUACACUUGACAUUACCAGAUGGCACGAAGAGAAGUGGGCAAGUUCUCGAAGUGAGUGGUUCCAAAGCAGUUGUUCAGGUAUUUGAAGGGACUUCAGGUAUAGAUGCGAAGAAAACAUCCUGUGAAUUUACUGGGGAUAUUCUUCGAACACCAGUGUCUGAAGAUAUGCUUGGUCGGGUAUUCAAUGGAUCAGGAAAACCCAUUGACAGGGGUCCUGUUGUACUGGCCGAAGACUUUCUUGACAUCAUGGGCCAGCCAAUCAAUCCUCAGUGUCGAAUCUACCCCGAGGAGAUGAUUCAGACAGGCAUCUCGGCCAUUGAUGGCAUGAACAGCAUUGCUCGGGGACAGAAGAUUCCCAUCUUCUCUGCUGCUGGCUUGCCACACAAUGAGAUUGCAGCUCAGAUCUGUCGCCAGGCUGGUUUGGUAAAGAAAUCCAAAGAUGUAGUGGACUACAGUGAGGAGAAUUUUGCGAUUGUGUUUGCUGCUAUGGGUGUAAACAUGGAAACUGCCCGGUUCUUCAAAUCUGACUUUGAAGAAAAUGGUUCAAUGGACAAUGUUUGCCUCUUUUUGAACCUGGCCAAUGAUCCAACUAUCGAGCGAAUUAUCACUCCCCGAUUGGCUCUAACCACAGCCGAAUUUCUGGCUUAUCAAUGUGAGAAACAUGUACUGGUCAUCCUAACGGACAUGAGUUCUUAUGCAGAAGCACUUCGAGAGGUUUCAGCAGCCCGGGAAGAGGUUCCUGGCCGACGAGGCUUCCCGGGGUACAUGUAUACAGAUUUAGCCACGAUCUAUGAGCGUGCUGGUCGAGUGGAAGGCAGGAAUGGUUCUAUUACCCAAAUCCCCAUUCUCACCAUGCCCAAUGAUGAUAUCACACACCCCAUCCCAGACUUGACUGGAUAUAUCACAGAGGGGCAGAUCUAUGUGGACCGCCAGCUGCACAACAGACAGAUAUACCCACCUAUUAAUGUGCUCCCCUCGUUAUCACGGUUAAUGAAGUCUGCUAUCGGAGAAGGCAUGACCAGAAAGGAUCAUGCUGAUGUAUCUAACCAGCUGUAUGCCUGCUAUGCGAUUGGUAAAGAUGUACAGGCCAUGAAAGCUGUAGUUGGAGAAGAAGCUCUUACCUCAGAUGAUCUUCUUUACUUGGAAUUUCUGCAGAAGUUUGAGAGGAACUUCAUUGCUCAGGGUCCAUAUGAAAAUCGCACCGUCUAUGAGACUUUGGACAUUGGCUGGCAGCUGCUCCGAAUCUUCCCCAAAGAAAUGCUGAAGAGAAUCCCUCAGAGCACCCUGAGCGAAUUUUACCCUCGAGACUCCGCGAAACAUUAGCUGCUACUUCAUGGCUGAUUCUUGUGAAAUACUGGUUCUGUUUUCUUUAUUCCUUUUGCACUCCCAUCCCCAUCUUUGUGUUGGAGUUUACUGUGUUACCCUGUAAUUAAAAACAGAAUAGGUAACAUUGUGCCAGUGUUGCAAUGUUUUAAAUAGCUAACAGACUUUAAAAUAUUCCCUGUUCAGAAAACCUGGAUGUUAGGAGCUUUGUUCAGAGUAGCUGCAGGGAUGGAGGUGAAGUUUUCUUUGUGUGUGAGAGUGUGAGAGUGUGUGUGUGUGUGUGUGGUGGUGGUGGUAUAGUCACUCACCUAAUAAUGUCCUCGUUACUUGGGUCUCCUAAACCUUAACAUCCAGCUCCCUCAAGAGUAUUUCUACCUGAACUUUAUAAUGCUUUGACAUCCAAAAUAGACGUGAGACCAGGUUUGAAAGAAGCCUCCUCUGACGGCUCCGAGCAAUGAUGUUUGAAUUGAGGGGUGCCUCUCUGUGUGCUCCGAGCUGAUGGUUUUUAUUCUCCACCGGUUCUUUCCUAUUUAAUGAGUAGAUGAGAAAAGGAGCUUCCUUUUCCUCUUUUCUAGUAGGUCUGAGUCGGGACUCCUGUGACUUACGUUCUCCCUCCCUGUUGGUUAACAGAAUCAUGCAGCUUUUGCACAGCUGAAACUGCUUGGAUGGUAAAUGCCUUUUCUUGAUCCUUGCUGGGUUUCCAUUCAGAGGAAUUGCAUAAUUUAAUAAUAGUAUUGUUGCUUGGAAAGAAUUGGGCUGUAAUUUAAAAAAAUGAGAACCUUUGUCCUGCGUUCUGACAUGUUAACAGAGGAUAUAAGCUCAUCCUUGUUUCUGUGAGAUACGGAAGGCUUAGUGGGAAGGAGAAAGCACUUCUGCUUUUGGAUAUUUUAAACUCUGUUAGGGAGCAGCCUUUGGAAAACCCCCUCUUUGGCUCUGCUUUCUGACCUCGCUGCCUCUUCAAGGUAUUUUUGUGACGCAAGUGGUAGCAUUGAGAAGCUUUAGCAUUUUAAUUCAUGCUCCCUCGUGCUAUGAACCUUAAGCCGUCUUCUCUGCUCGCCUGCCAGAUCGCCUGACCCGUCUCCUUGUGUUGUUACUUGAGUGCAAUAGCAACUUCUCUACUCUGUGCAUUCCAUCUUUCAAGUUGUGUAAAGUUCUUCACGUUUUCUCUUAAGGGGUGGGGAUGGUGUCAGCAUGAUUAUAUUUUAAUGUAGAAAAUGUGACAUCUGGAUAUAAAAUGAAAAUAAACUAUAAAUUAAAUGGAAGUUA